CCCCCUGUUUGUGUCUUAUUUCUUCCCGCCCCUCGCCUUGGGUCUUCCUUCUGCCCCCUUUUUUUGUCCAAGGGAGGCGCGCACACAGCAAGAAGGGAAAGAAAAGUACUGGGACUUAUCCUGUGCUGCUCCAAACCCAGAGGCGAAGUGGGGGUUGGCUUCUAGCGCAAGGUAAAGCCCCGUCCCCCUUCCAUUGCCUCCUCACGGCAGAGAGAGAGGGAAGGAGGGAAAGUGGAGGAAAGCAGCUAUUCUGCGGUUGGCCUUUGGAGUAAAAGGAGCCGGGAAGGGAAGGAUGGUUGUGGUUCCCCGAGCCGGCUGCAGGGCAGCCCUCUGCCUCUGGAUUUUCAGCAGCAUCAGCUGCAGAGCCAGGACUGCGCUCCCUGCAUCCCAAAAAUGUGAUGAGCCACUGGUCUCAGCAUUAUCCCACUCCUCCUUUAGCAGUUCAUCAUCUAUAACUAGUAGCUAUUCACCAGGAUAUGCAAAGCUAAACAAAAGAGGAGGGGCUGGAGGCUGGUCUCCAUCAGAUAGUGACCAUUAUCAAUGGCUGCAGGUGGAUUUUGGGAGCAGGAAACAAAUCAGCGCUAUAGCAACGCAAGGCAGAUACAGCAGCUCUGACUGGGUGACUCAAUACCGGAUGCUGUAUAGUGAUACAGGGAGAAACUGGAAGCCGUAUCACCAGGAUGGAAACAUUUGGGCAUUUCCUGGAAAUACAAAUUCUGAUAGCGUGAUCCGGCAUGAUUUACAGCAUCCAGUUAUAGCCCGCUACAUACGCAUAGUUCCUCUUGACUGGAGUGGAGAGGGCCAAAUUGGGCUGAGAACUGAAGUCUACGGCUGCCCGUACUGGGCCGAUGUUAUCAAUUUUGAUGGCCAUGCUGUGUUACCAUACAGAUUCAGGAACAAGAAAAUGAAAACAUUGAAAGAUGUCAUCACUUUGAAAUUUAAAACCUCUGAAAGUGAAGGUGUCAUCUUCCAUGGAGAAGGACAGCAAGGAGACUAUAUCACCCUGGAACUGAAAAAAGCCAAGCUGGUCCUUAAUUUAAAUCUAGGUAGCAACCAGUAUGGCUCAAUUUAUGGUCACACAUCUGUGAUGGCAGGCAGCCUCUUGGAUGACCACCAUUGGCACUCCAUUGUCAUAGAACGUCAUGGGAGGAACAUCAAUCUAACACUGGAUAGGCACAUGCAACAUUUCAGAACCAAUGGGGAAUUUGAUUACCUGGACCUGGACUAUGAGAUAACCUUUGGUGGCAUGCCUUUUUCUGGGAAGCCAAGUUCAAAUAGCAGGAAAAACUUCAAAGGCUGUAUGGAAAGCAUCAAUUACAAUGGUAAUAAUAUCACAGACCUUGCCAAGAGGAGGAAAUUGGAACCUUCUAAUGGGGGAAAUGUAAGUUUUUCGUGUGUGGAGCCACAUACAGUGCCUGUCUUUUUCAAUGCUACCAGUUACCUGGAAGUGCCUGGUCGCCUGAAUCAGGACCUGCUUUCAGUCAAUUUCCAGUUUCGGACCUGGAAUCCUAAUGGACUUCUUCUCUUCAGCAACUUUGCCGAUGGAUUGGGUAAUGUUGAGAUUGACCUGACUGAAGGCAAAGUCAGUGUCCACAUCAAUGUCACCCAGGUGAAGAAGAACCGAAUAGACAUCUCAUCAGGCUCGGGACUCAACGACGGGCAAUGGCAUGAAAUCCGGUUUCUAGCUAAGGAAAACUUUGCUGUCCUCACCAUUGAUGGAGACGAAGCCUCAGCUGUUCGAACAAACAGUCCUCUGCAAGUUAAAACUGGAGAGAAAUAUUUCUUUGGAGGGUUCUUUACACAAACAAAUGACUCAGAUCAUUCCCUGCUCCAGCUCUCAUUCCAAGGAUGCAUGCAGUUUAUUCACGUGGAUGAUCAACUGGUGGAUUUGCAUGCAGUGGAGCAAGGCAAACUGGGAAGCUUUGCCAAUGUCAGCAUAGAUAUGUGUGCCAUUAUUGACAGGUGCGUGCCCAAUCACUGUGAACAUGGUGGCAAAUGCUCCCAAACGUGGGACAGCUUCAAAUGUACUUGUGAUGGAACUGGAUACAGUGGUGCCACCUGUCACAACUCUAUUUAUGACCUCUCCUGUGAAGCAUACAAACACUUGGGCAAAACCUCAAAUUAUUACUGGAUAGAUCCAGAUGGCAGUGGAGCAUUGGGACCUUUGAAAGUUUACUGCAACAUGACAGCUAAGAUGAGAAUGUUUUCUCUCGUUUAG